AUGGCUGGCGGACAAGAAAAAUGGUAUUUUUCAAAAGAUCAACUACAGAAUUCAGCAAGCAGAAAAUGCGGUUUAGAUGCAGAUAAGGAACUAGCAUAUAGGCAGCAAGCCGCAAAUCUAAUCCAGGAUAUGGGCCAGAGGCUUCAAGUCUCACAACUAUGUAUCAACACGGCGAUAGUGUACAUGCACCGGUUCUACGCGUUCCACUCGUUCACGCAGUUCCACCGCAACGCCAUCGCUGCGGCUGCACUCUUCCUCGCCGCAAAGGUGGAGGAGCAGCCGCGCAAGCUAGAAUAUGUGAUAAAAGUGGCCCAUGUGUGCGUGCACCGCGGCGAGGGGGUCAACGCCCUCACCACCGACCAGUACCAGGAGCAGGCGCAAGACCUCGUUUUCAACGAGAACGUCUUACUACAGACGCUAGGGUUUGACGUGGCCAUCGACCACCCGCACACGCACGUGGUCCGCGCGUGCCACCUCGUCAAAGCGCCCAAAGACCUCGCGCAGACGUCAUAUUUCAUGGCGUCGAACAGCUUACACCUGACGACGAUGUGCCUGCAGUACCGGCCGACUGUUGUGGCGUGUUUCUGCAUACACCUGGCCUCCAAGUGGAGCAACUGGGCGAUACCCCAAUCAAACGAGGGCCGCCACUGGUUUUCGUACGUGGACCGGACAGUGACCUCGGAUCUGCUGGAGCGGCUGACGGCGGAGUUCCUGCACAUCUUCGACAAGUGCCCGUCCAGGCUCAAGCGCAAGAUGAUGGAGAGGAACAGCAACAGCGGCAGUUCACCACACUCGAGUGCGGCCCACAGCAGCAGCUCGGCGGCGCAGCAGCGGCCGUCCCUGCCUAACGACGACUUCGACAAGUCGUUUGACAAAGAAUACGAGCGCGAGCGAAGACGCGCGCCCGCGGCCGGCGGCUACGUGCCCGCCGCCGCGCCCGCCGCGCCGGCGCCCAACAAGAUCGACUACAACGCCUACAGGGAGAAGAGGGAGAGGGACGAGCGCGAGCGAGCGAGGCAGCAGCAGCAGCCGUCCGCGGCGCGCCCGCCAGGGCAACAGCAGCCGUCGGCGCGGCCCGCGGCGCCCCACCACCGGCCGCACCACCUCAAGCCGCCGCCCUGGCCGCACCACAAGCCGCCGCACAAGCCCGCCCAGCCCGCGCUGCCCGCCCAGUCCGCCGCCGCCCCCGCUCCCGCGCCCGCUCCAGCCUCCACCCCAGCCCCCACCCCCGCGCCCGCGCCCGCCGCGCCUGCGCGUACGCGCCCACCGUCCCUGUUCUCCCCGGACAACUCCACCGCGCCCGCGCAGGCCGCCCAGCGCCCCGCCGCCCGGCCGCCGCCCUCGCGCCGCCCCGAGCCGCGCCCGCCGCCCGCCGCCGCCGCGCCCGCGCCCGCUCCCGCCCACGCGCCGCCCGCCGCCCCCCCCCUCCCCGCCGCCCCGGCCUCCCCCCGGCGCGUGCUCCGCGACAUGCAGCCGCCCGCCAUCCUCUCCCCGUUCUCCUCGCCUCCCGCGCGCGAACAACCGCCUCGCCCGAGGCAGCGCGUGCACUCCAACUCCGAACCUGAGCUCGUCCCGGUCGUCAAGAAACUCGACGAGACUCCCGGCUAUGAAAACGUCAUCCGCGACUCCCAACGCGGCUCGUCCAUUCGAACAAAGCCGCAGGAGCAGCGCCGGCCCGAGCCCGCCCCCGCGCGCUCGCUGAACGGCAUCGAGACCGAUCCUACUCUAGUAUCGAAUCUACUUAAAGAGAGUCUCGCGAAGCCCGCUCCUAUAACGGUCGCCACUGAGCGCAAAUCGCCAGUAGUCGAAGUCAAACGGGAGCCGGCAGUGGAACCGAAGCGAGAACCCGUCGAGCCGGUUGUCGAAGUCAAACGUGAGCCCGAACCGGCCCCGGUGGUGCCUCAGAUCGUUCAAACCGGUCGCCGAGGACGGCCCGACCACAAACAUAAGAAAGAAAAGAAGAAGAAGGAGAAACACAAACACAAAGACCGGGACAAGUCGAAGGAGGAGAGAAAGAAACAUAAAAAGGAUAAGGAGCGGGAGAGAAAGGAGGGCAAGAAGGAGAGUCCGCCGCCGGCGCCGGCGGAGCCCGCGACGGACGGGGCGCUGAGAAUAACUAUACCUCGCGAGAAACUAGCCAGCAGCCCCGGCUUGAAGAUCAAGAUUCCGAAGGAGCGGCUGGCGGCGCCGCCGCCCCCGCCGCAGGCCGCGGGCCUCAAGAUCAAGAUCUCCAAGGAAGUGCUGGAGACGUCGCGCAAGCGCGCCGGCCCCGAGCCCGGCGCCGCGCCGCCGCACAAGCUGGCGCGCCACAACGGAGCGCCGCACCCCAAGGUAGGCUGGCCCCUCCCUCCCUCCGCCGCGCCCCGCCUGCCCUACUUCAUGCUGCGCCCGCCGCCCCCGCUCUACUACAACAUGCCCCUGGGCAUGGGCGGCUACUACUACGGGCCGCCGCUGGGCGUGUACCCGGGGCACGCCGGGCCGCCCCCGGGACGCGCCGGGCCGCCCCCGGGGCCCCCGCAGCCGCCGCUGCCCGCGAUGCCCCCGCCAGUAGUCCCGCCCCCGCCACCGGAAUGAUACUAAUUAUACUGCGCCCGCAUGCUUGCCAUCAUUUCAUUUAACAACAUCGUUACAUAAUUCUGCUCACGGUUUUUAAUCACUCAAUUAUUGAAACCGUAUGUUAUUUGUACUUCUAAACGUAUUACAAUGAAUGUAAAUAAAUAGUAUUGCAUGACAAAAUAUAUUGGCCGAUGACAUUUGCCUUAUAUUAAAAAAGCGUUACUACGAUUAGCUGAAUCGAGCUAUUAUAUUUAUCAUAAGUUCAUGAAUGUUAUUUAUUUACUUUUCUCCAAUACUUAAAACUAAAAUUAGUGUAACAAAAGUCUCCAAGAAUAUUAUCUAGAACAAAUUACAGUUAUGUCAAAUAAAAUUAUGGCAAGUAUAAGGCCCAAUAUACAGCAUGUUUUUUUAGUACUCUACUUUCAAACUCUAAGUAUGGUAGAAUUUUGUACAAAUUUGAUAUAUUUAUAUAUACCUAUUUACACGUUUCUAAUAAGGCUAAGUUUAACUGCCAAAUUAUAUAAUGUUACUUAUUGAUUAGUAGUCUUAGGUUCGUUUUAUAGACGUACAGUGGAAUUUGACAGAUCUCUUAACGAAAUACUAAACUCUAUUUCAAAUUAAUUCUUAACACUGUUCGUUUAUCGAUUGUUGGAUAAAAAUAGAAAGGUAUGCUCUGUACAUUGCACAAAUAACAUCAAAAUACUCUUAACAUUUUAUAAUAUAACUUGCUAUACAUUGAAUGUAUAAUCUAUAAUUUUUAUAUCACAUAAUAUUACUAUACUAUAUUAUAACAAAGUUGUUAAAUUUUGAAGUAACUAUAUUUUACCAAUGGAUAAUACAUCGAAAUUAUCAUCUUUUCUAUAUCCUUUCGACCAAGUGAUUAUGACCUAUCAUUGUUUCCGAUAGUAUAUUAUUUUACUUUUUAACUUUAACAAUUCAAAUGCAUCGGGAGUAAGAAAAACUAGUGCCUACGCCAAAUCUUGGGAUUAGUUGCCAAGCGGACCACAGGAUCCCAUGAGCCGUGGCAAAAUGCCGGGACAACGCGUGGAAGAAGGAGGGAUAUAAAAAAAUCCGUAUGACGUGGUCGUGAUCUUAUACAUAUAUUAUAUACUUAAUGUUUUUUUUUUUAACUAAUUUUACUUUAUUUGAAAUUAUGCCUAAAAUAUAUUCUUGUAUAUUUAUUCUAUUCUGCUUUCUAUAUUGAAUAUAUUAAUGUGUAUCUACGUCCAUAUAAAUUGACGUAUAUUUCUCUAGAGCGUUUACAUUUACAAGUAUACUAUAUAUUUAUCAUAUUUUAUAUUCCAUUUUUCUAUUGUUACUCAAUGUUUGAAGUAUUCUAGGGAUCUCUGUGCAAUGUAUAUCACAGGUAGAUAGGGGCUACUAAAUAAGUUAGAUCACAAUAUAAUAUAUGUAUAUCUUUAUUUAUUAUUUCUAUAAAAUUUAUAGGAUAACAUCGAAUUUACUAAUAAAAGUUGUGGCUAAAUUUAGAUGAUCUUAAAAACGUGACUAGUAUAUUGUUAAAUUAUAAUCAGAACUAUAAAUGCAUUUUUUGCAAAAAUAAACAAAUUAGAACAAUAUAAUUAGGUAUAAAAACAUAUUGUGAAAAAACGAUUAUGUCACAAUAGAAGAUCUCCUUUGUUGGUUAUAUACAUCUGGCUGAAAUAAUAAUGAAGGUAUCUAAACCAGAUAUGGAUUUUACUUUUUUAUACAUACAAAAAAUAAUAUUGAUAUUUUCUCAUAACACAUAACUCGCAUCCAAGUACUAUAAAAAAAAAACUUAAUAUUUUCGGGUUGAUUCAUAUAAAAAAGGGACUGUGGAAAAAAAAUAAGACCAGUUUUGCGAAACUUUACGGGCAAAUAAUUGUAUGCAUCUUGCUUGUUCAAUGUUAAAUGUCUACUAAAUUUUAAACCCUAGUUAUGUCGAAAGUCGUUGCUUUUUUAUUUAAUACAUCUGCAGGGUAUCUGCAUAUUCUUAUAUUUAAAAGAAGUCUUGAAAAUAUUGGUUUUUAUUAUAUAUUAAAUUUAUGUCUGUUGCAUGUUUAUAUACAUGAGUGAUAUCGCGUACGCAUAAUAUUUACACAUUUAUAAUAAGUGUUAUGCUAUUUUAGCUUUGUACAGUUUAAAAUAUGAUUUACCCUGCUUUUAAUCUUUAUAAUACCUAUUGUGUACAAAUUUGAUGUCUAAUAUGAACAUGCUACUAAGAACAAACUUUGAAAACUAGUUAGUGAAUAUUUUUGAAACCAAGAUAUUUAUGGGAAUAUUGGUAAUUUCAGCCAGUCGCUCACUUGACCUUAGGACAUUCAAUGUCUAUUUCUAAAUAGCUUAAAUAAAACUAUAGCAACUGAGGCAUAUAAUGGAUAGAAGAUAGAAAAAAAAAUCAAUAUGGUAAUAAUUGUCAACAUUCCUUAAAGUUUAUAUUACUUAUAAUGCGCGUUUAAAAACGCAAACGUUAUUUAUGUUCGAGGUAGUUUCUCAUUCCAAUUUUAUGCUUUAGAGUGUAGAUCAUCUUAUAUUUAUCACGAACAGAUUAUAAUUAAAUACAAUAUAUUUAAAUAUAAAGUCAAAGUUAGUUUGCCUGCGUGUACUGCUCGUCGAAACCUGAACAUUACCAUAUCAGCUUUAAUUUAAAGUAAAAAUCGUAGUCUAUUUUAUAUAAAAAUAUAAACUAUAAAAUAUAAGUAAAACUAAUGCUUGCUCAAGAACAUAAAAAUGUAAAAAAACAGGGUUUAAAUAAAUGUUCCUUUUAAUCACUGCUUUCGUGUGCUUUAAAAUGUUAUACAAAAUGUUACUCGUGUUUGUUAUACAAAAUGUUAUACAAAGUGUCGCGAAAAAUAUUCACUUGUUGAAAGAAAAAAGUAGAUGUUUGAUGAAAACUUUUUUAAAUCUCAUUUGGUUCUCACAAUUAUAUAGACAGUUGCUACACAUGCAACAUGUUUUUAAAACGUGACUUUUUUAAGUUUGACUUGCACACUCAUUGUUAAUACUGAAAGCAUUAAAGGAUUUAAUAUUUAUUUUUGUUAUGUAAUUUAAUGUGGAUUGCCGAACUAAAAAUGUCAACGACAGCCAAAAACAGUCUUUUAUAAACUCCAAUACAUUAAUUUAUGUAAUAUAAAUACAUUUUUGAUGUUUUUUUCUAAUCUCAUAGCAAAAAAUCGUGUAAAACGCGAAAAAAAUGUGUCGGAGACUUGCUAGUUCAGCAGUUCACAAUAAAUUCUUUAAAAUAUAUUCUUGACAGUUGGUGCCAUUACUGUUACCAUUUUAUACUGUAGAAAUGUUAAAAAUAUAGUUAUUUUUUGACGAUUUUUAAAAAAGUACUUAAGUUUAUGUCUAGAUCAUUUAGAACUAUUUUGUUUCCUUUUGUUAAAAUAAAUAUAUAUAGAUGUUUUUAGUGUGACUUGUAAAUAUUAGUUUUAAUGUUUGAUUGAGAUUAUCAUUACGAAUUUCAUUUAGUUUAUUUAAUAAUUUCAUUAGUAUUACUUAGUUAUUAUUUGUAUUUAGUUACUUUAUGUAGUUGUUUUAUUGAAAUUAGAUUUUUGUUAAAAAGUUUUAUUAAAACUUGUAAUUUUGAUAUCCUAUCUUUUGAAUUAUAUCUCCAUCCAUACAAAUCCAAGCGUCACAAGUUGUGUGUAAUGUACACAAUCUUACUAAUAUAUUACAAUACAUUGUAUAAUUUACAAUGCCGAAUAAAUGUAUCUAAAUUUAUAAAAAAAAAUGUCAAUAUUAAUUUUGGUUUGAGUAAAUAUUGAACAGCAACAUAAAAUUCUUGAUAUCAAUUUUUAAAAGUCGUUAAUAAAAUUAUGUUUAACUAUGUAGAGUUCUAUAAUUUUUUUGCUUAGGAGCGAAAAAAAUGAUAAUGCGUUAAGCGAAUGUUCUUAUUAUAUAUAUAUUAUGUAGUUUUAUUUAAGUACACUGUUUAUGCAUGAUGUGUUGCUAACAUAUUCACUGUUGUAUAAAUUAAGGCACUGUGUUUAUUCAUCGUUUUAUCACUAUUCGGCGGUUAUUUUACCGGCGACGAAAUCGAAAUUGCUCAAGAAUUUAAUUUUUGAUCAUUAUUUAUGGAGCUCAGACUAUCUUGUGAUAAAAUCGUCGCCGGUGAAAUAAAUGCCAUUGGCUGUUAUAUUUAAGUUUCUUUUCCUGUCUUGUUUUACGUUGGCUUGUAAUGUAAAAUAUUAUAAGCCAACAAGAUAUUAUAUUGUAUUAAAUGUAACAGCUAAAAAGCUUGUGCGGCCUGUGUAUAUCGUACCUUGCGGGGCUGAACCGUUGCAAAUUUUCAAAUUAACGUUCCAUUUUUAAAUUACAUUUAAAAAUUAACGUUCGAUUUAUAAAUUUGUAAAAGUAGCUACACAUAAUCGCUGGGUCUUCCGCUUAAGAACCCUGGUGGCGGGUGGGAUUUGCACUUUGGUUACACGUAUGUAGUCCAAAUUGUAAAUAUGUACAAACUGGCGGUGGGAUUGCGUUGGACUCGGAAUUACCAACACGGCGUAUAAUGAAAUUAAUGAAAUGCUUGCAAGAAUCUUUUAGAACCACUUGGCAGGGUAAAUUAUACUAAUGUUUGCCCCCUUCUAAUGAUUCGUCUCUUCCUUAUUUUAAGGUAACCGUGGUCACUCAGAAGCCCUUGAAGGGCUAAUUAAUCCGUGAGUUUACCUGACCUAAAAUCGGGUAUUUAAAUAGUUUACUUAUUUUCUUUUAUUGGACCGUAAUGUUCUGACUUUAUUUAAAGUUGGCAUGGCAUUGGAGUGAAAUUGCAUUACAAAAAAUAGCACUUGAUUUGAAACUUCUGGCGUUUCCUAUAUGAAUAAAAAUCUUUCAUUGCUAAAAUUAUUUACUUUUUUUCCGCAAAGUUAUACGCUCUUUUUCAACGUAUCAUUAAAUGCCACAAAACAGUUAAAAUUUCUAUUUAAGGAUUGGCUAUAAAAGAUUCUUGCAUGCCAAAAAAGUUAUAGACAUAAAGUAUAAUUGGUUUUAGUACGAAAUAUGACGUUUUAAACAAUGCAUUUCUAGAGACCAA